AUGUGGCAUCAAGAGGGAAGGGGAAUGCCUAAUCCAAAUGAUAAUUCUAAUCAAUGGCAACAGCAACAGGAAUAUUACCAGCAGCAACGAUACUAUGGAAAUUACUAUGGAGAGCAAAAUCCAGCGAAUAACGAUCCUGCAAUCUGGGCGCAAAAAGCGGCUGAGUGGAUUAAACAUAAAGAAUCUGUAUCCCAUAGGAACAAUGAUCUGAGCGGACAAUUUGCACAUGGUGGUGAGAUGGGUUUUGACGGAAGACAUCCUUCCCAUUUUUAUCCUCAUGAUGCAAAUUUUGAGCAAGAUCGGUUACAACAAUCUAACGUGGAUCAUUAUAACUAUAGUGCAAUGUCUGGAAAUGAAAUAUUAUAUGAUAAUGAGUCAUCACAACAUAUGCAACAUGCUCCUGUAAUACCAGUGGGUCCGGAUGGUAUGACUGUAGACCAAGCGCCAUAUUAUAAUCAUUAUCCUGAACAAGAUCUAUAUGGGGGAGCUCCAAAUGCCGCUGAUAGCUUACCUAAUCCUCAUGCCCCUAUAGGUUACGGCUACGACCAGUAUAAUGAAUUAACAGCACCCGUAGGUUUACAACCCGACGCUAGCCAUUUAUCCGCUUCUGCAGCGGAGAAUAAUAAGAAAAAAACAUUACCGUUGUGGCUCCGACAAAGUCUAGAAAAAUUAGAGAAAGAUAAGCAGAAAAAGUCUCAACAGGAAAAUUUAAAUGCUAGUUUUAACAAAUCAGAUAAAUUAUCUACAUCUUUAAAUUAUUCUGGGUAUGCUUUUGAGGCAUCACCUAUGAAUUCACCUUCACCAAUUCAAGAAGCUGAAAGCGCACAUAGUGAUAGCGAAGCAUACAAUACUGAUGAAAAGACAGAAGCAUUAUCAAGUGCGAAUAUAGUAAAAGAACAUUGCUUACAAUCAGAACAAAAUUUGUUGGUUCAUGUUAGAAAAAUUUUAACGGAAGUUCUCUUAGAAGUUACCGACGAAAUGAUUCAGAGUAUUGCUAAUGAAAAUUUACAAAUUACGAAAUCUGCUACAGCGACAGUGCUGGCUAGUUCUAGUGCUUUAGCAGCGCUUGAAGGAUUAGGAGCUUAUGAUCAAGACAGUGAUGAAGAUGACGAUAAUUCUGCAAAGACUAGAAUCAAAUCGUCUACAACGCCCAAAUCAGAAGAUAAUGCUAACGAUGUUAAUGCUAGUUUCGUUCGUGAAGGUGAAGCUCCUGGGCGUGAAAGCGAUUCUAAACCUCGCAGUCGUCGAUCUAGUAAUGAUAAAUCUAACCAAGAAGAUUAUUCCAAAAGAGAUUAUCACACUCAUCAUCGAUCACGCCGUCGAAGUCGUAGUCGUAGUCGCAGUUAUUCACCCCGAAGACGGCGUAGUAGGUCUCCUGACAGCAGACGAACAUCUUAUAGUGAUAAGUAUAAAAGCAGUCGCCAUCAUAGGGAUUUAAGUUCAUCUCCAGAAUAUCAUAGAUAUCGUAAGAAGAGCGUUCCUUUCCUUGACAACUACGAUCGCCUUGUAAAGUGUUUUGUUCGAUUACAGACAGUAUUGAUUAUAAUCAUGUGUGAAAUUGUUAAUCGUGAUCGAAAAAUAAUGGCGCUUGGUUAA